AUGGCCUCGGAAGGGAUUCAAGGUACGAAAAAGCUCGGACUAAGCCCGAAAAUGGACAGCAUUCAUUCCAAAGCACGAUUGUCCUCCCCGUAUCCCAAGACCUUACUCGGUCGCGGAUCCGCGGAACCAUCGUCGUGCGAACGCUGGGAUCCGAGUGGGAGGAGCCUUCUAAAAUGGGAGGAGAGGCUCCGCAGGUUUGGUGGCCUGCACCCCGCACCAUUUAACGGCAUUGCCCGUGGUCUCGGCGUCGCUGUUCGGAAGCAGGACAUCUCUCUGGAUGAAGCCGUUGGUUUUCUGCUGAACCUUGUCAAUAAUCCUUCAUCCAUUCAAGUCAAAGAGCUCUGGCAGUUCAUCUCCCACGCCGCUCAUGCUGCGGGACCAUGGCGACAUGCAUUCUACGGAAUGCUUGACACAAUCCGAACUGGCGAAUGUUCAAUCGGAGAAGUGUUAAGUUUCCUCAUUGACUCUGCGCGCGGAAAGGUCGCUCCAUACUGUGGAGGCCUCACGCGUACGGCCAAGUUCGGUGAGGGGUCUGUUCUCUUCUCAAAUAUGGCGGCUGUGACGGGAGGUGCUUGUGCCGCGUUCAUGAUUUUGGCACUGGAAGGCGGCCAGAAACUCAGCGGCAUUUUUGCUCCCGAGGACUGGGCUGAGCCGCAGGCUUUCUACAAGGCCCUGGGCCGCGUCGGAGUGCCACAUGAUGAGCUCGCUCAUUGGAUCGAUGACGGCUCCGUAAAUUCGAGACUGUAA